AAAUUGUACGACAAAUGUCUGAAAUUGGAUACAAGAUAUGCCACCGAAGAUGAAUUAAGUUUAGUUCACAGCAAGGAAUACAUUGAAAUCAUAAAAUCAACUGAAAAAUUAUCGGAGAAGGAGUUGAGAAAGUUAUCGAAUAAAUACGAUUCCGUGUAUUUGACUCGAGAGACGUUCAGUGCGGCUAAACUGGCCGUCGGUAAUGUCCUUCAAGUGGUUGAUUCGGUUCUCACAGACCAAUGCCUCAAUGGCUUUGCAUGCGUUAGACCUCCCGGUCAUCACUCCAGCCGCACGAAAGCGUCGGGAUUUUGUUGCUUUAAUAAUGUCUCGAUUGCUGCCAAAUAUGCGAUCAACAAAUACAAUAAGAAACGAGUUCUAAUACUCGAUUGGGACGUACAUCACGGCGACGGAACCCAAAAAAUAUUUGCAAACGAAGACAACGUGCUGUACAUAUCUCUACACAGAUAUGAUUUCGGAGACUAUUUCCCGCAAUCGAUUCAAUCAAACUAUAAUAUUGGCAAAAAUGUAGUCAACAUUCCGUGGAAUGGGGGGCCUAUGACUGACUCCGAGUAUAUGUUGGCCUUCUUUAAUGUGAUUCUUCCGAUUGCCUACGAUUUCAAUCCCGAUCUGGUGUUCAUUAGCGCUGGAUUUGAUGCCGCAUUAAGUGAGCUCUAUAUC